AUGGCGGGAGCAUCCGUGAAGGUGGCGGUGCGUGUCCGGCCCUUCAACUCCCGGGAGAUGAGCCGGGAAUCUAAAUGCAUUAUCCAGAUGUCGGGAAGCACCACCACUAUCCUGAACCCGAAGCAGCCCAAAGAGACACCAAAAAGCUUCAGCUUUGACUAUUCCUACUGGUCCCACACCACGCCCGCAGACAUCAACUAUGCAUCUCAGAAGCAAGUGUACCGGGACAUUGGCGAGGAGAUGUUGCAACAUGCCUUCGAAGGCUAUAACGUCUGCAUCUUUGCCUACGGGCAGACGGGUGCUGGAAAAUCCUACACCAUGAUGGGGAAGCAGGAGAAGGACCAGCAAGGCAUAAUCCCGCAGCUGUGUGAGGACCUCUUCUCCCGCAUCAAUGACACGACGAAUGACAACAUGUCCUACUCUGUGGAGGUGAGCUACAUGGAGAUAUACUGUGAACGCGUGAGGGACCUCCUGAACCCCAAGAACAAGGGGAACCUCCGGGUGAGGGAGCAUCCCCUUAUGGGCCCGUAUGUUGAGGACCUUUCCAAGCUGGCCGUGACCUCCUACAAUGACAUCCAGGACCUCAUGGACUCUGGGAACAAGGCCCGCACAGUGGCUGCCACUAACAUGAACGAGACCAGCAGCCGCUCCCAUGCUGUGUUCAACAUCAUCUUCACGCAGAAGCGGCAUGACGCUGAGACAGACAUCACCACUGAGAAGGUCAGCAAAAUCAGCUUGGUGGACCUGGCAGGGAGUGAGCGAGCCGACUCCACUGGUGCGAAGGGCACAAGACUAAAGGAAGGAGCAAACAUCAACAAGUCCUUGACCACGCUGGGGAAAGUCAUCUCUGCCCUGGCCGAAAUGGAUUCGGGGCCGAACAAGAACAAAAAGAAGAAGAAGACGGAUUUCAUCCCGUACCGGGACUCAGUGCUGACCUGGCUGCUGCGGGAGAACCUGGGGGGCAACUCCAGGACAGCCAUGGUCGCUGCUCUCAGUCCUGCCGACAUCAACUACGAUGAGACCCUCAGCACCCUCAGGUACGCCGACCGUGCCAAGCAGAUCCGCUGCAAUGCUGUCAUCAACGAGGACCCCAACAACAAGCUCAUCCGGGAGCUGAAGGAUGAGGUGGCACGCCUGCGCGACCUUCUCUACGCCCAGGGCCUUGGGGACAUCAUUGACACCCAUCCUGCUGCAGGAGGAUCCAAAUUGACCAAUGCCAUCGCCGGGAUCAGCCCCUCUUCCUCCCUGUCGGCCUUGUCCAGCCGCGCCGCCUCCGUCGCCAGCCUCCACGAGCGCAUCAUGUUUGCUCCGGGCAGUGAAGAGGCAAUCGAAAGGCUCAAGGAAACGGAGAAGAUCAUCGCGGAGCUGAACGAGACAUGGGAGGAGAAGCUGCGGAGGACGGAAGCAAUCCGGAUGGAGAGGGAGGCGUUGCUGGCCGAAAUGGGGGUGGCCAUGAGGGAGGACGGAGGCACCUUGGGUGUUUUCUCUCCUAAAAAGACACCCCACUUGGUCAACCUGAACGAGGACCCGCUCAUGUCCGAGUGUCUUCUCUACUACAUCAAGGACGGGAUAACGAGGGUUGGCCGGGAAGAUGCAGAGAAGAGGCAGGACAUCGUUCUCAGUGGGCACUUCAUUAAGGAAGAGCACUGCCUUUUCCGCAGCGAUACCAAAACCGGCGGUGAAGUAAUAGUGACCCUGGAGCCCUGUGAAGGUGCCGACACCUAUGUGAAUGGCAAAAAGGUGACAGAGCCCAGCAUCCUGCGCUCAGGAAACCGCAUCAUCAUGGGGAAGAGCCACGUCUUCCGCUUCAACCACCCCGAGCAGGCUCGGCAAGAGCGGGAGCGGACCCCGUGCGCCGAGACCCCUGCUGAGCCUGUGGACUGGGCUUUCGCCCAAAGAGAGCUGCUGGAGAAGCAGGGCAUCGACAUGAAGCAGGAGAUGGAGCAGCGGCUCCAAGAACUGGAGGACCAGUACCGGAGGGAGCGGGAGGAGGCGAAUUACCUUCUUGAGCAGCAGAGGCUGGACUACGAGAGCAAAUUGGAGGCUUUGCAAAAGCAGAUGGACUCUAGGUAUUACCCUGAGGCAAACGAGGAAGAGGAAGAACCUGAGGAUGAAGUGCAGUGGACAGAGCGGGAGUUUGAGCUGGCCCUCUGGGCCUUUAGGAAGUGGAAGUGGUACCAGUUCACGUCCCUCCGUGACCUACUCUGGGGCAAUGCCAUCUUCCUCAAGGAAGCCAACGCCAUCAGUGUGGAGCUGAAGAAGAAGGUCCAGUUCCAGUUCGUGCUCCUCACGGACACGCUGUACUCGCCUCUCCCUCCUGACCUGCUGCCUCCCGAUGCUGCCAAGGACCGGGAGAAGCGGCCAUUCCCCCGGACCAUUGUGGCUGUAGAGGUGCAGGACCAGAAGAACGGGGCAACGCAUUACUGGACCCUGGAGAAGCUGAGGCAACGCCUGGACUUGAUGCGUGAAAUGUAUGACCGUGCAGCAGAAGUGCCUUCUAGCGUCAUCGAGGACUGUGACAACGUGGUGACCGGCGGAGAUCCUUUCUAUGACCGCUUCCCCUGGUUCAGGCUGGUUGGCAGUUCAGAUAUCUCUGGCUGCAACAGCUCUCCUCUUUUCAACACAUGCAUGAGCGAGCGCAUGGCUGAUCUCACCCCCUCCCCUACCUUCUCGAACCCCGACUCCGACAUCACCGAGCCUGCAGAUGCACCGGACGGGCAGGAGGAGGAGGAGGAGGAGGAGGAGGAGGCGGAGGACCUGGAGGAAGACAUCUUUCCGGAGUGCCCGCUGUGUGAUGGCCGGGAUCCAUUUUACGACCGCUCCCCCCUGUUCAGUUUAGUAGGAAGGGCCUUCGUCUACCUGAGCAACCUCCUCUACCCCGUGCCCCUGGUCCAUCGCGUGGCCAUCGUCAGCGAGAAGGGUGAGGUGAAGGGCUUCCUGCGCGUGGCCGUCCAGGCCAUCUCAGCUGAUGAGGAAGCCCCUGACUACGGCUCCGGGGUGCGGCAGUCGGGGACGGCCAAGAUAUCCUUUGAUGACCAGCACUUUGAGAAGUUCCAGUCGGAGUCGUGCCCGGCCGUGGGGAUGUCUCGCUCGGGGACCUCCCAGGAGGAGCUGCGUAUCGUCGAAGGCCAGGGGCAGGUCAGCGACAUGGGUCCCUCUGCUGAUGAAGUCAACAACAAUACCUGUGCAGUGACCCCAGAGGACCUUCUGCUGGACAGCCCAGAGAAGCCUGCGCCAGACGGGCCACUGGAGACGGCUCUGGACCACCUGAAGCUGGGCAGCAUCUUCACUUUCCGCGUGACGGUCCUGCAAGCCUCUAGCAUCUCUGCGGAAUACGCAGACAUCUUCUGCCAGUUCAACUUUAUCCAUCGCCAUGACGAGGCCUUUUCGACAGAGCCCUUGAAGAACACGGGACGGGGGCCACCGCUGGGCUUCUAUCAUGUCCAAAAUAUCGCCGUGGAGGUGACCAAGUCCUUCAUUGAAUACAUCAAGAGCCAGCCGAUUGUAUUUGAAGUCUUCGGGCACUAUCAGCAGCACCCCUUCCCACCCCUCUGCAAGGACGUCCUGAGCCCGCUGAGGCCAUCCCGGCGCCACUUCCCCCGUGUGAUGCCGCUCUCCAAACCAGUGCCCGCGACGAAGCUGAGCACCAUGACUCGGCCCAGCGCUGGCCCGUGCCAGUGCAAGUACGACCUGAUGGUCUUCUUCGAGAUCUGUGAGCUGGAGGCUAACGGCGACUACAUCCCUGCUGUCGUGGACCACCGUGGAGGCGUGCCGUGCCAUGGGACCUUCCUCCUCCACCAGGGCAUCCAGAGGAGAAUCACCGUCACCUUGGUGCAUGAAACAGGCAGCCUCAUCCGCUGGAAGGAAGUGCGGGAGCUGGUUGUGGGUCGGAUCCGUAACACCCCAGAAGCAGAUGAGUCUCUCAUUGACCCCAACAUCCUGUCCCUGAACAUCCUCUCCUCCGGAUACAUCCACCCCUCCCAGGACGACCGGACUUUCUACCAGUUUGAGACGGCGUGGGAUAGCUCCAUGCACAACUCGCUGCUGCUCAACCGUGUCACCCCAUACCGAGAGAAAAUCUAUAUCACCCUUUCCGCCUACAUUGAGAUGGAGAACUGCACUCAGCCCGCCGUCAUCACCAAAGACUUCUGCAUGGUUUUCUACUCCCGGGACGCCAAGCUUCCUGCCUCCCGCUCCAUCCGCAACCUUUUUGGCAGCGGCAGCCUGCGGGCUUCCGAGAGCAACCGUGUGACGGGAGUCUAUGAGCUCAGCCUCUGUCGUGUGGCUGAUGCCGGCAGCCCAGGCAUGCAGAGACGGCGCCGGCGUGUGCUGGACACCUCCGUAGCUUACGUGCGGGGAGAGGAGAACCUGGCUGGCUGGCGGCCCCGCAGCGACAGCCUCAUCCUCGACCAUCAGUGGGAGCUGGAGAAACUCAGCCUCCUGCAAGAAGUCGAGAAGACAAGGCACUACCUGCUCCUGCGCGAGAAGCUGGAGACGACCCAGCGCCUGGGCCUGGAGACCCUGUCUCCCUGCUCCAGUGAGGACUCCGAGUCCCGAAGCACCUCCUGCAUCUCCUCCCCACUCUCUGUCGAUGGGGUCCCCGAGGGCCGCACCUCUCCCUCUGAGACCCCCAGCGAGAGGCAGAAGGAGCUGGCUGUGAAGUGCUUGCGCCUGCUCACGCACACCUUCAACAGGGAGUACAGCCACAGUCACGUCUGCAUUAGCGCCAGCGAGAGCAAGCUGUCCGAAAUGUCCGUGACACUGAUGAGAGACCCCUCCAUGCCAGCUCUUGGGGUCACCACUCUAACCCCCUCCUCAACCUGCCCAUCGCUGGUGGAAGGACGCUACAACGCCAUGGAGGUCAGACCCCCCCAGGUCUCCUCCAGGGCGGAUAGCCCCGACCUGGAGCCUGCGGUAGAAGGAGAGCAGAAGAAGUCCCCAGCCCACCGGCCUGAGGAGGAGAAGGAGCCCCAGCGUUUGCUGGUGCCCGACAUCCAGGAGAUCCGGGUCAGCCCCAUCGUCUCCAAAAAGGGCUACUUGCACUUCCUGGAGCCCCACACCAAUGGGUGGGUGAAGCGCUUUGUGGUGGUCCGGCGCCCAUACGUCUACAUCUACAACUCGGACAAGGAUGCAGUCGAGAGGGCCAUACUCAACCUUUCCAAGGCCCAGGUGGAGUACAGCGAGGACCAGCAGGCCAUGCUCAAGACCCCGAACACGUUUGCGGUGUGCACGGAGCACCGGGGCAUCCUGCUGCAGGCGAGCAGCGACAAGGACAUGCACGACUGGCUCUACGCCUUCAAUCCCCUCCUGGCUGGGUCCAUAAGAUCCAAGCUGUCCAGAAGGAGAACAGCCCAGAUGAGAAUCUAA